CAUCUUGCGCUCCUUUUUUUUUUUUUCCCCUCUUCAGUGUUUAUUGUGGGAGAGGGAGAGAGUGGUGGCAGGAGGAGACUGAAGGAAGGAGAGUGAGAUAGGAGCUUGACCGGGGAAUGGAAAGGGAGGAGGUGACAGACUAGUCGUGUUGGAUGUUCAUAUUUUAUUUUUCUCACCGGUCAUGCAAACCAUUGGUGGCUCUCCCAGUAGUAACUGUGCGACUGAGCCAAGCUGGAGGAGAAUACCCAGCAGCGUUCCUCCGCUCUCCACCUGCAGGAUCUUCCCCUCAGAUUAUGACCUGUGCUGUGACCUUGGCCCUGGGCUUCAGCUUCAAUCGUUUCCAGCCGUGUGAGGAUUAGCGAAAAGCAGAUUUAAUGAAUCAAUAUUCGCUAGCCGACGCCAUGACGGACAAAGGAAACUUCACAGUCCCGAAGUUAUCAGAGUCUAACAUGGGAUUUGGCGUUCUGGGAGUGUUUCUGGGACUUCUCCUGGAGGUCUCCACUCAUGGACCCCACACUGUGCCCCGAACAUCCUGGAAGCAUCAGGAUUUGGACCUGAUGGAGUUUUCGGAGCCGGGGAUCUACAACUACUCCACGCUACUGCUGAGCGAGGAAAGAGACGCUCUGUACGUGGGAGCGAGAGAAGCCAUCUUCCAGCUAAGCAAGAAGAACGUAACAGUCAGAAACAACAAGGUUCAGUGGACAGUUGCAGAAAACUCCAUGAUGAUGUGCACACUGAAAGGAAAAUCAAAAGAGAGGGAUUGCCUGAAUUACAUCCGAGUGCUCCAAGUCGUGGACGACGAGCGCCUGUAUGUCUGUGGCACACACGCCUUCCAGCCUCAGUGCGAUUACUUGAACCUUGGCGACUUUUCACUGGACGGCCGACCCGAGGACGGCAGAGGGAAAUGCUCCUUCGACCCCUCGCAAAGCUUCACCACGGUCAUGGUUGAUGGAGAGUUGUACUCUGGGACAGCGUAUAACUUCCUAGGAAGUGAACCAAUUAUCUCCAGAUACUCCCCAUCCCAGUCUCUGCUGCGGACAGAGUACUCCACAUCAUGGCUCAAUGAGCCCAGUUUCGUUUUUGCCGACGUCAUCAGAGAAGGUGAGAACGGAGCAGAUGGCGACGACGACAAAAUCUACUACUUCUUCACCGAGGUGUCGGUGGAGUACGAAUUCUUUGGCAAGCUGCUCAUCCCCAGGGUGGCGCGCGUCUGUAAGGGUGACCUCGGGGGUCAGCGCACCCUGCAGAAGAAGUGGACCUCUUUCCUGAAAGCCAAGCUGGUGUGCUCCAUGCCCGAGCUCAACUUCGUCUUCAAUGUCGUGCACGACGUCUUCAUCUUGAAGGGGGCGCACUCAAAAGACACCAUCAUCUACGGCGUCUUCACCUCCCAGUGGGGCAACGUGGGUUUGUCCGCGGUCUGUGCCUACAACAUGACGGCGGUGGAGGAAGUCUUCUCCCGGGGGAAGUACAUGCAGAAGGCCACAGUGGAGCAGUCCCACACCAAGUGGGUGCGGUACAACGGCAUCACUCCUUCACCCCGUCCUGGAGCUUGUAUUAACAACAUGUUGCGGCAGCAGAACAUCACCAGCUCGCUCCACCUGCCGGACAAAACCCUUCAGUUUGUGAAGGACCACCCUCUGCUGGAGGACCCGGUCCUGCCCAUUGGCAACGGGCCCCGGCUCAUCACUAAAGAUGUCAACUACACCCAGAUCGUUGUGGAGAGGGUUCGAGCCCUGGACAGGAAGAUUUAUGAUGUCAUCUUCACCGGAACAGACAAAGGAGUCCUGCAUAAGUCGGUGGUGUUUGAAGGGGAAGUUCACAUCGUGGAGGAGAUCCAGCUUCUGAAGAACUCUGAGCCCAUCAAGAACCUUCUGCUGUCCUCGGAGUCACGCUCGCUGUAUGCCGGUUCAGACUCGGGCGUGGUCCAGUCGCCGACGGCUUUCUGCAGCAAGUAUUCAUCCUGCAGCGACUGCAUCCUGGCACGGGACCCCCACUGUGCCUGGGACCCCCGCUCUAAGGCCUGCGUCAAUAUCUUCAAUGCCACCCAGCAGCAGCUAAGAAAGUUGAUCCAAAACCUGAAUGGUGACGCAGACAGCUGUCCAUCAGUGGCAGCGCCGUCCCAGAAGGACUACCAGCGUGUGACAGUGAAGCCGGGGAGCUCGGCUGAGCUGCCGUGCCUGGUGCACUCCAACCUGGCUCAGGUGAUGUGGAAAUCAAACGGCUCGCUUCUCACUGAGGCCUCCCGCUUCCACUUCAUAGCCGAAAAUGGGCUCCUCAUUUACAGCGUGGCUCCGGAGGACCAGGGCUACUAUGAGUGCUGGUCCGUGGAAUGGGCCCCCGCUGCGGGGAAAAACUUCAGCCGCCUCAUGGCUGGAUACGCCCUGGCUCUGGAUCUUCCACCCAGAACGCCGCCCCCGCAGGCGGGUGGCGUGGCCACCACCUCGGGCAGCGAGGAGACGCCGGGCAGACACGCAGCUGAAGCUUCCUCUCCUGUCGACACCUCACCUUCCUCCUCUGGAGGUCGCGCUCCCUCUGACCUCCCCUCCUCCUCCUCCUCUUCCUCUUCCUCCCCUCCCUUCACGCCCUCCUCCUCCUCCAACACCGAGCUCCGCGGUGUGGAGGCCCAGGAGGCGGAGGUGCGGCUGCUGCCCCCCCUGCUGAAGGACCAGGCCUGGGGGGUUCACGCCCAGGAGGCCUUCCUGCUCUUCUGCCUCGCCCUGGGUCCCAGUGACGUCCACAUUCACUGGCUAAAAAACGGCCACAACUUGGACACCCCCAUAAUGGAGUACCGCCUGCCGCUGGGCCAGAGGGAGGUGUUAGUGAGCAGCUGGCUCCGAGAGGGGCCGCUGAUCAAGGACGCCCGUUACCGCUGCGUGGCCGAGGCCAGCACGGGACUCGCCACCUCCGAGGUGGACCUGCACCUCACUAUCGGAGAUGAGGAGAACAUUCCAUCCAGGGAUUUGAACCAGUGGAGAAGUGCGCUCACAGAGCAUGAGCAGCUGGUAAAAAGAUGGGAAAAGGCCUGGGAAAGCUGUGACGGCCACAACGCUCUCUGAAGACUCGUGUCGGCUGACCUGGGUUUUGAACACGGUCCCCGGUGCGGGUGGGCCACGCCUUUUUGACACUGAAACUAUCAGAAACAGCUGGAACACUCGGCCCCAGUGUCACAAGAGUUUGCAGCAGCUGCUUCCAGCCCAGGAGCUCACCUGGUUGACGGGGCGGCGGUGGGCCUCGUACCGAACCCUGCGAGGUCACGACGCUCCACGGUUCACUCAGUUUGUGGACAAGUGGCCCGCCAGUGAUUGUAUGGAUCAAUAAACCUGUUUGUAUGUGCUGAUCAGAUUGUGGUAUUGACAGCUGUUCAGACCUGUGUGUUUUAUCUUCAGACUGUUUAGUCCGAGCGAUUUGACUCUUGACUCUCUUUAGGCCCAGGGUAUCGAUUCUCAUUAAUCACAGUUUAUCUCUCGUGUACGACAUUAUGCCAGAUUACAGCAUCACAGAGUGAAAUGCAGGGUAAACCUGCAGCAGAGUUUAACAGACGCAUGCAACGGAUUGAAUUGUUUGACUUUCUGCUUUGUGACUCCUGUUAUUCACAUUGAAACUGUGAGGCGACCCACAGCAGAAAUAAACU